UCUCCUGCACCACUAGACUCAUUUGUUGCAUUUUAUUUGUGAAUCUUGAGAUUAAAUGUGAUGCAAUAAUGCCGUCUCUUGAAUACCUGGGGGCAGUAGUGAAUCAUUAAGCACGGCACACACACACACACACACGUUUGCAUGAUACACCCACAUAAAUGCACAAACAAAAACUGUCUCACACACACACAUUCUUGCACUUGAGGAACAAUAAGAAUCAGCAGCAGGAGAAACUUGCGUUUGGAGGGGGUGUGUUCAGAUCCCGCUGGAGGAGGCAGUAACGCCGAGGAUGCGUCAGGGAGCAUGACUGCUGCCGGAAAGGGGCAUGACAUGAUCUGUCAGAAGGCAGUUUCUCUCAUAGUUGACCUCUGUAUGCAGGACAGCCCGCGGCUGGACCACGACACCUGUGAGGAGUUCCUCUUUCUCAUCUCCAAUCAAGAGUACAAUCACAAAGAUUCGGACAUCACUGUUGGCCUCCCCAUUGGUGUGAUAAUUGCGUGUGGUUUGGCGCUGCUGUUGCUCACCUCAUUCGUCUCCUGGAAGCUGUGCUGGGUUCCUUGGAGGAAGAAAGCCCUCUCGUCAAGUUCUGCGGCCCUCGCCCCUGACGACUGCCCCUCGCUUCAUUUACCAUCUCUCCUGCCCAGUCCUCAGCCGUCCGAGGUCGCCAUGGCGACUGAAAAGGAAAAGUAUUCCAUGGCAUCGAUGGGCUUCCUGGAGGCAGCCGUUAAAAUAAGCCACACGUCUCCCGACAUCCCGGCCGAGGUACAGCUCUCCAUGAGAGAGCACUUUUUGCGGCGUACACAGCGCAUGCAAAGACAGACCACAGAGCCUGCGUCAUCCACCAGGCACAGUUCCUUCAAACGUCACCUUCCCCGUCAAAUGCAGGUAGGAAGUCUGGACCUGGGAGAUGAUUAUUAUGUGGAUGAGCAGCCAACCAGCAUUGGCCGUAUCAAGCCUGAACUCUACAAGCAGAUGACCACAGACAACGACGACUCCGGUAAUAGUAAAAGCGAAAAAAACUGUGGCAAGAUCAACUUUUCUCUCCGCUAUGACUAUGAGAAUGAGAUGUUACUUGUCAAGAUACUCAAGGCAUUUGAUCUACCAGCCAAGGAUCUUUGCGGCAGCUCUGACCCCUAUGUCAAGAUCUACCUGCUGCCAGAUCGGAAGCAGAAGUUCCAGACACGAGUCCAUCGUAAAACACUCAACCCCACGUUUGACGAGUCCUUCCAGUUUCCAGUACCCUAUGAUGAGCUUCCUGUCAGGAAGCUCCAUCUCAGCGUUUUUGACUUCGACCGGUUCUCACGGCACGAUAUGAUUGGGGAGGUCAUAUUGGACAAUCUGUUUGAAGUGUCUGAUCUCUCAAGGGAAACCUCCAUCUGGAGAGACAUUCAGUAUGCUACCUCUGAGAGCGUGGACCUUGGGGAGAUCAUGUUCUCACUCUGCUAUCUACCUACAGCAGGCAGAUUAACACUCACAGUCAUCAAGUGCAGGAACCUAAAGGCAAUGGACAUCACAGGAUACUCAGAUCCCUAUGUGAAAGUAUCCCUCAUUUGUGACGGGAGGCGUCUCAAAAAGAAGAAGACCACAACAAAGAAAAACACCCUGAAUCCUACUUAUAAUGAGGCUAUUAUCUUUGACAUCCCUCCUGAGAGCAUGGACCAAGUCAGCUUGCACAUCUCAGUCAUGGACUAUGACCUGGUGGGCCACAAUGAGAUAAUUGGCGUGUGCCGUUUGGGCUCUGGUGCUGAAGGUUUAGGUAGAGACCACUGGAAUGAGAUGCUCGCAUACCCCCGUAAGCCAAUUGCACACUGGCACCCCCUGGUGGAGCCUAAGAAAUCAGAAAAAGAGUGGAAAGCUAGAACGGCCAGUUUUGACAGUCAGGGGUCUUGCCCCUCCCCCAAACCUCCUGCCAGCCCUUGAUUAGAGCCAUAUGUAAACUUACAGGCUCGGCAUCCUCGCUGUUGUCCAUUUAUCUGUCCGAUGAAAACGAGAGCCCUGCUACUUCCACUUUCCCCUACGGGUUGAUUUAGAUGGUUCCCAAACGCUGAUCUAAGAUCAGACCCUGCUAUCUUUGCCCCGAUGUUCCUCAUGUUCAAGCUGUUCCAGUCCAUAUGAUCCUCAGUCGAUUCUUGGAAAUGUUGUACAAACUAGAAUACUCUACAAAGCCAACUUGUGUUCCUAGAAUAGCUUGGUAUCGUCAGCGGAGAUGUUUCUUUCCAAUAUGAAUUUUCCUGAAGCAUUUGAAAUCCGAGGCGGUGUUCUGCAAGUGGUGCAAACAGAAGUUUCCGCACAAUGCUGCAAGCGUCUUUGUGGAUGAAAGUAGGAUCGACUAUUGGAAGUCCUAUAAGAAUAAAGUCAGAAAAGAUUGGAUAUAAAAUAUUGAGGGAAAAGGACAAUGUUUUGUGUGAGUGAGAAAAAGAGAAUGCAAAUGGAUUUGUCGUGCUAUACUACGAACAAACCAUUUUCUCUGUCAAAUCCUUGUAUGAAACGUGUGUGAAGCUGUAUGUUUUAUGAAGAAUAUUAAAAUAUUUAUCAGUUUAUAGAUGUAUAAAUGUUAUGUGUAAAAAGACACUGUCUAAAUUUAUCAGAGCACAACAAACUUUUCCUAUCCAUUAAUUUCUUGCCGAAACACAGAUGGUUUACAUGUAAAGAACUUUCUGCUCACACACAAAAACACUUCACAUGUAGCUGAAUAAAUUUACAUGAUUACAGUAAUACUCAUCGUCAAGACCACGUACAAAAGUGGGCAUUUAAGCUAAGAGUGCUGAAAUAUCCAGAGAUUUGUCUUGAUUUAUGUGAGUUUUAUUCAUUUUGUUUUAAUAGCAUUUAAAAAGAUACUGAAGAUUUUCUGUAUCUUAGUAGCACUACAUUUAAUAGCAAUUCAACUCCUCUUUGAACCCUCCUGCUGAUUCAAUCUAACGCUGACAUCUUAUUCAUCCUUUGACAUGUAAUUUUAUUGUGAGUUAAAUUGGGCUGUCAAAGUUUUCCAUAUUUUGACACAUUGUCUGGAAAAAUGUCUAGAGUAAGCAAUGUAUGCUCAAACUUAUAAAAUAUAUUCAUAUUCUGUACUGUAUAAAAGAGCAGGGUUGACAUCGUCAGAUUCAUAGAUUUAUUUGUUUUAUUUCACAAUAAUUGUGUAAAAAUGAGGGAUAUUUGAACGGAUGUGAAUAAAAUAGUAUGGUACAGUCUCUAUCCAGCAGAACUGUAACAUGGAAAUAUCUGUAUAACCAAACAAUUUAAUAUAACUGUCAACUAACCCAUUUCUCUAAAAAAAAAAAAAGUCAUGCCAUCUUGCCCAAGUGUUAUUUUUAUAAAAUUUUAUGCUCAACAGUGCUAAACAGAGCAGUCAAAAUAAUAAUGUUAUUUUUUAAAUUGUUAAUGUCGUAAAUGUCUUAACAAAAUUCAACACUUCCAUUGCCCGCAAUAUUUUAUUUGCUCAUCCCUGUGUUUUUGUUUUACAUGAUUAUUCAUUCAUAACACAAUUUAACUUGGAAUUUAAAUUUAACAGAGAUAAUAAUGAUGAACUGGUUACUGCAGUUAGUCAGUUUCUCCGGUCAUUUUUUUUUUUAACAUACUGCAAAUGCUGGAAAUGAAGUCCAGGGCAUUUUGACUAUAUUAUGUUUCAAAUAAGAAAAGACAGACAAUUCAAAUGUACAUAACAUCUGUCGCAAAGAUGACCCCUGAUAAAGAUAACCUACAAUGCAGAAAGUUCAUUGUCAGAUGGUGAGCAAAGCUCAAGAUUCCAGAGCAACAACUACGCUUCAAUCGAUGGUGUUGAAAUGUCUGGAAAUAUACAUGGUGUCACUUGGGGCUGUUUUACACAUCUCAUAGGGUAACUGUUAAGCUUUAAAUUUAUACAUAGUAAAAUAGAUUUAAUAUUUUAACAGAAUCUUUAAAAAUUCCAAGUCAACUUGUUGAAGAAAUGGUUGUGACAAAGUGACAAACUUUUUGGUCCUGUUUUCACAAUACCACCAAUGUUGUAAUACUCAGAUAAUAAUGUGUUUCUGUCGGUGAAUGUAAAGUUAAUAAGGUUUAGAUCUGGUUCUUUACCUCAUCACUAACUCUUGUGUGCUGGUGUUUUAACAACCUGUUUCUGCCCCUUGUGAAUCUGAACAACUUUCUAAUUUUGUAUUGAUCAUUUGUACUUGCAAUAUAACUUGUAAUGUUUGAAAAGGUUCUUGUAUUUCAAAAAUGCCAAAAUAAAAUGUUGGUUCAGUCAUUUCAA